ACUAUUUCAGUUCAUAUCAUAUUCGUAUUUCGACUAAAACACAUCAGUGUACAUUUUUUGGGAAAUUUUUAAAUCGGGUUUUUAUACCAUAUUCUACAGCAGUUUAGAACCCAAUUUCAAUUCAGUCGGUAUGGCUCCUCGUUGGAAUCAAAAUAAUGACACCCCCGACCGCAAACUCGGUGUCUCUGCCCGUUCCCGGGUCAUUCGGCGUCGCCCACUCUUCCAGGGUGUAGUGGGCGUUCGGGCCCAGCGCCGUGGCCGUCUCUAUACCAUUCGUGAGAUCCAGAUCUUGGGCCGUGACAUUUCUCAAAACCACGAGGAAGAAAUGGCGGAGCUCUCGCUGAUGGCCACCAGAACUAUGACUGAACAAGAGCUACCGAUGUACAUCGAUGUAACCGCCGGGCGCGAUGUGGAGCUCCGUGAUGAGGAGUUCUUCUAUAUGGAGCCAGUUCUGUUCCUCCGUGAUGACUAUGACACAGAUAUGACCUUUGGAUGUGGUCAGGCUGUGGAAUCUGGAUCCUCUUCUACUGACGAGGAUGGUGAGGAAGAAGAGGAUGCCGACGCCAAUGAGGAAGAAGAGGAUGCCGAAGCCAAUGAGGAAGAGGAGGAUGCCGAAGCCAACGAGGAAGAGGACGAGGAAGAAGACGAGGAAGCCAACGAAGGGGAUACCGACGAAUCCGAGGAAUCGGAGCAGGGCCACUCCACCGAAUAGAGAGGGCUCCUAGUUAGUUUUAGGGUUCAUAUAUUUUAUAGUUCUCCCAGAAACCACAAAACUGCUUUCAAAAAAUAAUUUCAAUAAUUUCAAAUUUCAAUGUGUAACCAAUAAAAGAUGGAAGUUACUAGCUGUCAGUAACUAGUAUUACCCAC